GGCUCAUCAUUACCGGAGAAAACCAACGGCGGGCGAAGACACCAUUGGAACGGCAGACAAUGGCGCCGCCGGUGGGGCACAUCAGGUGGUGCAGUGCUGCAUCGUUCCUCGUCAUCUGCCUCCUCGCCGUCCCGUCUGUAGCCAUUUACUGUGACGAAGACGACUGCUACGAUCUGCUCGGGGUUUCACAGACAGCUAAUGCGUCGGAGAUCAAGAAGGCCUACUACAAGCUCUCCUUGAAAUACCACCCUGAUAAGAAUCCCGAUCCGGAUUCGAGGAAGCGCUUUGUGAAGAUUGCCACUGCUUAUGAGAUUUUGAAAGAUGAAGCCACUCGCGAGCAAUACGAUUACGCGAUUGCACACCCUGAGGAGGUGUUUUACAACACAGCCAGGUAUUAUCAAGCAUAUUAUGGCCAUAAAACGGAUCCUCGGGCAGUUCUUGUUGGGCUACUUCUCAUUCUCUCGGGAUUUCAAUAUCUAAACCAAAAGACAAGGUAUGAUCAGGCUGUAGCAAUGGUCAAAAACACACCAGCUUACAAGAACAGACUACGAGCUCUGGUGCUUGAGCGCAGUGGAGGAACAACGAGCAAGAAGAAAAAUUCAAAGCAGAUGGAUAAGAAAGUGGAAGAAGAACUCAGCAAAGAGCUCAAUUUGGACAUUAAGGGGGCUGAGAAGCCUCGCUUUUGGAACCUCAUCGGUGUACAAUUCAUACUCCUACCUUAUGCUUUAGCAAAGUUGUUUUUAUGGUAUGGAUCUUGGUUCUGGAGGUACCAGGUUAAAAAAGCUCCAUAUUCUUGGGAAGAUGCUGCUCACCUGACGCAAAGGGCUCUCAGAGUCCCCGUCGAUGCAUGGAGCUCUUUAGAUGAAUCGAUGAAGGAAGAUCUCGUGCACAGACGUCUAUGGGAGAAAGGGAACCUGGAGAAUUACCUGACAGAAAUGCGGAAAGAAUCAAAACGCAGGAGAUAGCAGCUUUUUUGUUCCAUUGGCGGUCUCCUCUGAUUUUUGACAACUAAAUCCUCGUGGCAAUAACUUGUCAUUUUAUUCUGCGUCUUCUGCCUAAUCAGGUCAGAGAGUGUGUGACAAACUUAAAUACGUUUUAUACAAAGCCAUAGUAGACCCUUUUAAGUGAUGGAGUACAACUGGAACAGUUAGCUUAUGUUUCCUAGUCCUUCUGCUACUCUCAUAGUGUCGAGUUUUUCCCGAAAGAUAUCAUAAUACUGGAAACAUUUGCUCGAGCCUAUACGAGUUUUGCCUAUGUAAGAACUAUUGGGGUCACGACCCCCUAAUAGGAAAUAUGGAUGUUUGCUGAACUCUCAUCAGUGUUAUCUCAUGUUCAUUGAAUCA